CGGCCAUGUCUGGUGCAGCAGAGUGUUCUGUACGUCCUCUUCUAGCUCGCGUAUGUCCUCCACGGCGACCCUGUCCGGAUCGACCUUGCUCUUGGUGGCCAUGGUGAGGCCUGUAUGUGUGUGGGUGGAGGGUCGGUUGUUGCGCGUGCAGGUACCUCCGAUGUUUCAGCGGCCUAAAGGGACAAGCAGCUCGAAAAUUACCACUCUCCAGUUUGAGCUGUUCGCUCACGCCCUCCGACACCCACCCGACCAUCGUCCGCAAGCCCACCCAUCGCCACCGUCCGAUACGUUUUCAAUCCUGUUCAUCGACCUCACAAUGGCGAGCGAGGGCGUCGUGGACCUGCUCAAGCUGCCCCUCGAGAAGCGGAGCGAGUCACUCAGGGCGAGAUGGCCCCAGCCGCUCGACGGCAGUCUCACUGGCCACGAGGGGCGGGACUGGACAGUGGGGGAAAAGGCCGCGAUUGACACUGCAGUGCUCAUAAUAAGGGCAAUCAACGCUCAUUGCGACCCUCUCGACCCGGCCCUUGGCCUGGAAGAGUCGGCCGUGGAGGCACGGCGCAAGGCCGAGGAGAAGACACACCUCCUCCGCUAUUCAUGGUACACCACCCCGUACAGCCGACCAUACGAGGUGGCCGAUGCCGUGCUGAAGCUACAGAGGCACGUGUGUCGGAAGGUCUUGAGGGGAAACGCCAAGAUCACAUUCGAGAGGCUGAUAGAGAGUUCUGUUCUGGCAGAUGCGUUCUGGUCACGGCCCGAGUUCCUGGCCUGGUCCUUGACAGAAAAUGUGCGCCACGAGGGGGCAGGGUGGACCAUGCAGAAGAUGACCUGCAUCCCGGCUGGAAAGGAUCAGCCCUUGGCCGACGAGUCGGCUGUCCCUGAGGUCCUGGCCAAGAGGAGCUUGAUCAAGUGGAAGUGGGACGGCAGGACGCAGCUUGCAGAGUUUUUCGGCACAAAGUUCAAGCUGGAGUGGUCCAGUGCUGACGGGAAUGUCCACCACCAAGGCAUUCGAGCCUGUCCUCGCUGCCUCCGGGUCAGGUAUGAUCCUGGGGGUCGCGAUGAUGCACCGGGGUUUACGGAGCUGGCACGGAUGGCCAUGGACGACCCCAUCCAGGGAGAGGUCGUGUGUUACCGGUUGCUGGCCACGGUCAAGCUGGGCAGCACAGGCUGCGACUUCGUUCGGGUGUACGACAGCGAUAUCCGAGACGCCCAGCCCAUGGCGGCCCGUACCUUGGCCCUACCGCAUGUUGACUCCGACUGGCAGCUGGGCCAACCGGGUUCCAGGUUCAUGCUGUAUUACAUCAGCUGUGAUGCUGAGGUAGAACCAGACUUCGACCCCGAGGAGAUCGUUGUGGUUUCAAGGAGGGAAAUCGAGCUCUUGGGGCAUCUCAACGCGGCCAGCCAGUCCAUCAUCUCAGGAGCCCCUGAGCCUGAGGCAUAUGGGUAUACUACCGUUAGUGAACCUAGCGGUAGUCAGGAUGGUGCCCUGGAACUAUACAGGAAGGGUCAGGCAUCCGGCCGUGACCCCCGUGCUGUAACUCGGGAGCGUGUCAGAGAGCAGGGUGGGGAUCUGGACCUACUGUACGGAGCAGGUCACCGCCCGUGA